UUUUACUUGUAUGAUUUGUAGUUGAUUAGGAUAAUUAAGGUAACAAUUAAUGAGAAGUAUUAUGAUGAUUCGAGUAUCAAAAAUUUCCAACAAUCGAGUAUUCAUCAAAUUCAUCAGAUCAUAAGAAUUAUUCUUAUCUUCAUCUCUCUCCACCUUUUUUAUUUCUUCAUCUUAUUAAUAUUACUAAUCCAGAAAGAUGAUGAGGAAGAGAGGGAAGAGAUGAUGAAGAUAAAGAUGAGGAUGGAGAUGAUGAAGGAGAAGGAAGAUGAAAGGAGAUUUUCAGCAAACUAGUGACAUAAACAAACUCACAUUCAAGAUGAAAACCUGUCCAUCAGUUUAAUCAUCAUCCUGAUCAUCAUCCUCAUCUUGUUGAUCAUCAACAACAACAACCUAAAUCAUCAACAACUUAAAGCAAUCAACAUCCGUUUAGAUUGAGAAAAUAAAACUUUUCCUCUUUUAGAACUCGAAUUUUUGUUUUUCUUGUGUUUAAGUGAAUUUUGUUCCCUUCUCUUAAUUGUUUACACAACAAUUAACUUUGAUUAAUUCAACAACAAUGUCUACAACGUUAACAGGCCGCUCGAUGAAAUUGGCUCGGAGUAUAAUCAAACCUAAAUUACCGUCCAAACAUCGUGACAAUUUAAUGUUAAAUGUUUCUCGAACCCUUGUAACUCCAGCGACAUCGACUCGUGUUGAUUAUCAACCUACGAUUCCAAUAACUUCAUUGGACCUUAAACUUGCUGGACAAUUGGUCGAUACACCGGUCAACCAUUUCGAUAUUCGUAAUCUACUUCGAGAAGAGGCAAUUUUGUCCGCUUUUGCUUUAGAAAAAGUUUCAUCUCUACAAUCUGGAUUAUCGUCAACUCACCAUCCGAUUAUCUCAGUUGCUCAAGAAAUUUUCCAAGAUUCGGAUACAAAAUGGAUUAACUCACUGGGUGGAUUUACUUUGUUACUUUUGGCUAAAUCUCUUGAAUCAGUUCCUUCGUAUAAUUGUAAUCACAAUAAACAACAUCAAUCAACGAAUUUCAGUGAAAAUAUUUGGGAGAAGCAAAAAAUUUUCGCCGAAUGUUAUGAGAUGAUCGAUAAAGCAAUGUACAUUCACCACCAAUCGAUCAUCAAUAUACCCGUUAAAUCAUCAAGUGAAUCAAAUGUAAUCGAUGGAACAAUUAACAAAACCAAUACUAUUCUCAACAAUGGAAAUAAACUCGCAGUUCUUGGAGGUGAUUAUCUUUUCUCAUUUGGAAUCAUCAGACUCGCUAGUGUAGUUAAACGUGCCAAUGUUUUCGACUUCAUUGGUGCUGCGAUCGAUGAAUUCUGUAUUAAUCAAUUCGAUAAUUACCAGAGAGAAAUCAGUAAUUAUAUUAAACCGAAAUCAGAUAUGAACAUGGAAACAUGGGAAAAAUAUGGUGGCUAUUGUUCAGCUAAAUUAGCCGCUUAUUCAGCGCAAUUCAUCACAACGCUGACCAAUUUAUCGUCGAAGCGAUUUGAACAAUCGGCUUUUGAUUUCGGAUACAAUUUGAAACUUAAAUGGAAUCUUGAAGAGGACAUUCAAACAAUUAUCGAUACAAACAGUAGACGAUAUAAUCCAAUCUCAGCGCCGAUAAUUAAAUAUAUGGAAAAGGAUCCACAAUUUAUUGAUUAUUUGUCCAAAUUGGAUUGGGAAAAAGAAGACACAAUCAGCAAGGUUAAAAAGAUCUUAUUGAAAAGUAACGUAAUUGACGAAUGCCAAAGUUUAUCUAAAUUAUAUUCCGACAAAUGUAUUAAAUUAUUACAAUUAUUUCCUGAUUGUCAAAGUCGUCGGCUCCUGGAAUCAAUUGCCAAGGGGAAUUUAUCUAAUUAGUUAAUCAUAAUCACAAGUAAUUAAACAGCUAAUUGUUGCUGAAAUGCUCAAAGCAAAGACAAAUUGCUUCAACUCAUGUUCAUUGAAUAACCGAUUGUUGAAAAUUGUUUAUUUUUCGAAAAUUAAAAUCAAUUAAACUAAAUUGUUAAUCUGAA